GGCAGGCAGGCGUGCGUGCAUCCGUUUGUGCGUGUGCGUGCUUGCAUGUGUGUGUGUCAUGUAUGCAGAUGUGAGUGUUACUGUUAUGGCAGGUGCACAUCUUGGUUUAAAUGAGGACAUUUUGUUGCUAUAUCAACCAUUGUACCAAGAACGUAAGAUGCACAAAGACAGCAUCAAUAAUACAUUUUCAUGGUCAAGGCAAGUCCUAAAAACCCUGUGCCUUGGGACAAAAUAUUGUGUUUUUCUCUAAACGAAAGCGAGUGUGAUGAAGGCAGCAUCACUUCCUCGAACAGUGAAAGGCCAUGUUUUUCCAGAUCAAUCGAAAGAGAUGCUGCCGACUUCGGUUAGGAGUCUCUUGCUCAUGUAACCGAAACUGUGUUUGUGUGUGUCUCCAUUAGCACAGGUGUUAAGGGGGUGGGGAAUCCCGCCCUGACCUUCGUGACUCAUUUGACCAGGAGGAGACACCCGGGCUUCCCUCCAGCUCUCUCAGUGCUCCCCAUGUGUGAUCUGGCCUAAGAUCCUGAAUUGUUCUCAAAAUGACCUAUGCAGAAGGAUGAGGACUGCUCUAUUCCACCUGAGCUCCAGCGCCUGAUAGGCUGUUGGCAAGAGGAGGCCGUGUUGUGGAGUGCGCACACACACAGACAACAGUUCCUCACAGAUGACAGCACAGGCACUUGGCAGGAAGAAGAAACAGACAGACAGACACACAGACAGACACACAGACAGCCACUCCAAUCCACAUCCCUACGCCACCCUAGAGAGGAGCGCUAACUACCGCUGGACAUGAGCCUGACCACUGCAUGGGUGAUGCUGGGCCUGUGGUCCGUAGCAUUGGGACAUAAGGUGGACAUGAGGUAUCUAGCAGUACAGUCCUCUGCAACGAUCUCCUGUGAAUGUCAGGACACAACGUGCCAAAAAGUCUACUGGUACAGGGUCCGCCAGAGCGACGGCGUGUAUGAACAUCUGCUGUGCUACACUUCAGCUGAUGCAGCACACCCCUCGGACACGGCGAUGCGAGGCCGACUUCAGGGUCGCAAGGGGUCGACUAAGACCCAAUACACUCUCACGCUCAGUAACCUUACGAGGGAGGAUGCUGGAUGGUACUCCUGUGCCAUCCCCAAGCAAACAUACGACGACACUUACUGGCUACGGGUGGGAGAGGCGCCUCCCACCACACCGGCCCCUCCUCAGAAGACCACGAAAAUACCAUCAAGAAGACCAGGCCCAAAGCUCCCCUCAUGUUGCUCCGUUUAUCAACCUCCAAAAGGCUGUGGAAAGUGGGUCCUCUGGCCGCUCUGUGGAGGUCUAAUUCUUCUGACAGUGCUCCUGGUUGCCGUCUCGUUUUACUUCAGUCGACUCCCCAAGAAGUGCAGGCAUCAGUUUGUGAAGACAAACCAGAAGCGAUAAGUGGAUGGAAAUUGUCAAUGAGGCAAGAGAUUGUGAUGUCGACUGAGAUGCAUGUACAGGAUCCUUCUAUCAAUUAUCUGUUCUUUUCUCAUAAUAAAUGUGUUAUAUGAUUGCUAAUGACUGCAGAGCACUUAUUUACUCACGCUACAAAGAUUUGUACAG